CACCCUAAAAGUGCCUUAAAUAAAGUUCGAAGCAAACAGUCGAUAACCAAAACAUUGUUUUUUACGUUACAUGGGAUUGUAAACAAAUAAUUAACUAUGAGCCUUGGGCUUAGAAUUUUCGGGCAACUGUGCAGGCAGCCUCUGCUACGCUUAUACAGUACAAAACUACCAACAGAGCUUGUAGUAUUUCAAGAUAAGGACAUGAUAAUCUGCUGGCAUCCUGAGCAGCCCUUUCCCUACGAAUACUCAAAACCUAUACCUAUCAAGGAACCAGAGCCAGAAAGCGUAUUGAAGGUAGGAGAGAAAGAAGUAAAAGCAUUGUUCAGGAAGCCCAGAGAACAGUUAGUUCCUGAAGAACUUGCCAGGAUAACGUAUACUUGCAAGCAUGCAUGGUAUCCCCGAGCAAGAGAUAAAAAAUCUAAGAAUACAGAACCAGAUAGACCAUACAUGUAAGAAGGUUUGUAUGAAAACUGUUAGGAUUUUUUAAAUUAUCUACAAAUUGUAUUAAA